AUGCCUGCUUGGCAGCUCCCGGGCAGUGCCUAUGGCCUUCGCUGCCAGGGCCUUUGGCCCGGAGCUUUCGCAGCAGCUCGAAAGAUCUCGGUCGGAGUGGGGGCGGGCGUGAGGCUGGAGGAGGCAGUGGCAGGCUUGGCUUCCCCAAAGAAAUUGCGCAUGCAGAUUGCUUGUGGGGAGCUUUCGGCCAUAUCUCAGAUGCGGCCAGGCGAACGUAUCAUGUACAAGAUGACUCCGGCGCUGAUGGAGGAGAUGCAGUCGUCCUCUGGUGUGGCGGACAGACGGCCCAUCGCCUGCGAGCCCUUUGUGCGAUGGUGGUUGGAGGACAAGUUCCCGGGCGGGCGGCCGGCCUUCGACAGCGUGCUGAACGAGCGCUGCCUCUUCGUGGAGGACACUGCGCCCUUUGCGGAGCUGCAGGUGAAGGUCUUCGAAGGUGCCAGGCAAGCAAUCGCAUAUGCGGGGCUGCUUCGGGGCUUCCGGACGCUGCAGGAGGCUUGCGCGAAUCAGGUGCUUGCGGACUUCCUAGACAAAUACCUGGCAGUGGUGAUGGAGCACGCUGUGCAGCCCCCACCUGCCUUAGACUUGGCCAGCUACAAGGAGGUGACCAAGCAUCGGCUGUCACAGAGCGGUGAAGAGCUGCUGGACCUGGCGCGGGAUGGGUGCAGCAAGCUCCACCGCAACUGCAUGAGCUGCUUGCCUUUCCUUCCCAAGAUGGACACUGCCGCGGUGAAGCCUUUGGUGGUGCUGCUGUGCUUUUGGGUCCGCUACUUGGCCUUCUGCAAGGAUGAGUCAGAGACGCCUUACGCCCAUGCUGCUGAUGCAAGGCUUUCCGAACUGCAGCCAUUGGCAGAGACCUUGUGGCAGAACGCCGUGAAGUCGGUGAGGGGCGAGGACGGAGAGGUCAUUCGGAGGCAACCCCCGAGGGAGGAGGCCAAGGCCCUGGUGCUGUGCGCCUUUCCCGACACGGACCUGGGGCCCACAGUGCUGGUGGAGGUGCUGGCCAGUCAAAUCAUAAAUCUGCGAGCCAAUGACGUUGACAGCUUCCUCACCAGUGCUGCCCGACUGUAG